GAAAUGAAAAUAAUUUGUAAAUAUUGUAAGGCGUUAAAAUACACUCAUGAAUCUACUGGAUUAUGGUGUGCUGGAGGCAAAGUAAAAUUGCCACAAUUGCUCCCACCUUUACGAUCUGUAGUUUCUGGGAUUGGAAAUGAUUCUAAGCACUUCUUGAUCAACAUUCAGAAAUAUAACAGCUGUUUCCAGAUAUCAUUUGGCGCUACACAUAUUAUACAGGACAAUUUCAUGCCCACUUUCAAGAUACAAGGACAAAUUUAUCAGUUAUUGGGGACACUGUUACCAGUACCUGAUGCAGAUUAUCAAUUUUUACAAAUUUAUUUUGUGGGCAAUUCAGAUGCGGAAGUUGAUAAUCGUUGUGCUCACAAUCCAACAGUGAAGGGAACCAUUGUCCAUGAAUUACAAAUGUUUCCGCAUCAGAAUAAGAAUUUAGUAAACAUGUUCAAAAUAGCAUUGGAUCGGGUGCCAUCUGAUAGCCAUAAUAUUAUCGUUCGAACUGACAAAUCGAUUGAGGCAGUUCGAACACGUUGGCAACAAACCAUAAAUAUCAACGAUGAAUAG